AUGACCAGCACCCAACCCACCGCAAACCCAACCCUCAAGCCCCCUCCCAUAAGCAUCCCGCAACCGCCCCCACUCCUCCUAACCAUCCGCUUCAGCGCCGCGAUCCCGGACCUCGAACUCGACAUCCCGCGCCCCUCCACCACGACCGUCAUCUCCCUAAAGCACACCAUCCGCCAGCGCCUCUCCGAGCCCAACUCCCAGCGACGCCUGCGCUUCAUCCACGGCGGCAAGAUCCUCCCCGACACCGCGGCGCUAAGCUCCGUCCUACGCGCGCCCUUACCACCCCCUCCCCCAUCUCCGUCCCCGGGUUUCGGCUACGCUUCCAGCGGCGGCGGCGGCGAUGCCAAAGGCAAAGGCGCAGAUAGCAGCAGCGGUGGCGGUGGUGGUAACGGCAGCAGCGCCGACGGCCGCGGAAAAGGCAAAUCGGUGCCCGGCCGCCCCGACCCUUCGCAGCGGAUCUACGUAAACUGCAGCAUAGGCGACAGCCUCACAACCGCCGAGCUCCUCGCCGAAGCCGCGCAAGCCUCGGCCCCAGCGCCACCUCCAUCAUCGCCCUUAUACCCUUCCUCGCCUUCCGGCACACCCCUCCCUCCGGGUUCCAACGCCAACGGUCUCGGCACGCCGCUACCCAGCACGACGGCGGCGCCGCGGGGCUUCGACCGCCUGCUCAACGCGGGUUUCAGCGCGGCCGAGGUGAACCAGCUGCGUCUGCAGUUCCGCAGCAUCCAGGCCUCGCGGUACACGCCGGACACCUUGCCGUCGCCCGACGGCUUCCGGCGGAUGGAGGACGCGUGGAUCGACGACAACGGGGCCUCCGUGCCCACGACGUCUCUAUCGAACCCCGGUGCCGGUGCUGGGGGCACCGAUAGCGACGACGUGGGCUUGGUCGCGCUAGUCGAUGUGAUGAUCCGUGGCGUGAUUACGGGGUUCAUGUGGCCCUUGGGCAGCGCGGGCUGGCUUGUGCGGGAAGAAGGGAUGGCGAGUGGGCGGUGGCGGUUUAUGGUGGGUGUUGGGGUGGUGUUUAGUGUUUUGAUUGGGAUAAUUCGGAAUAUAUCGGGCGAGAAGUAA